CUUACCACCCAAUAGCACUGAAUUUGGCUUCCACCUUUUUUCCCUUGUUUCCUUGAGGAGAGAGAGAGGGGGGCAGGGAGAGGAGAGAGAGAGAGAGAGAGAGAGAGAUAGAUAGAGAGAGAGAGAGAGAGAGAGAGAGAGAGAGAGAGAGAGAGAGAGAGAGAGAGAGAGAUUGACUGGAUAGAACAAAUUGAUUGCAAUGAAGAGAGGUUUGGGUCUGCUUGUACUCUCUAAGCCCCCAUGGGGACGAGUGAUAAAUGGAUGGCACAGGGGGGGAGGGGGGACUGCUUAUAUAGCCUGCUGUUUCUUUGUGGGGGUUUUUUGUUUGUUUUUAGGACAAUAGAUAGAGGUGUGUGUGUGUGUGUGUUUGUGUGUUUGUGUGGUGUGUAUGUAGCUCCUCAGAAUUUGGAAAAGGCAGAAGCGGAGAGACAAUCUCACAGACCUGUUCAGAAUUUCUUUUAAAAAAAAAAAAAAACUUGUGCGGAAUAAAAUUCGCAAUUCCUCAGGACAAAGUCCUCAGUUUUGUUUUGCCCCCACCCCUCUCUUGAAGCAGACCCAUAGCAGCAGGCACCUCAGAGGGAGAAGCAAUCUUGGGCAUCCUUAGUCCAAAGGGCUCUUGAGUUCUUUUGCAUUGGUUCCCUGCUAAAGGUCCUCCAUUUUUAUUAACCACAAGAACCGGAGCAAAACAUUCCAAGCGAACCACAGCACUUCCUACCGACCAUGGAGGCCCAUCAGGAGUCUUCCGUGUUCCUGAUGAACAUCUUGGAGGAACUGGAUACUAAGCAGAACUCCGUUUCCUAUCAGGACCUUUGCAAAUCAUUAUGUGCUCGAUUUGACUUGUCCCAGCUGGCCAAGCUAAGGAGUGUGCUUUUCUAUACGGCCUGUCUGGAUCCCAAUUUCCCAGCCACUUUGUUCAAGGACAAAAUGAGAUGUAACGUCAACAACCAGCAGUCAAAGAAGAUCAUGGUCGCAGCUGAUAUUGUGACCAUCUUCAACCUCAUACAGAUGAAUGGGGGCCUGGCGAAGGAGAAGCUGCCCACCACCCGGGAGAAAGUAAGAAAAAAAGAGUCGCUGGACUCCUGCCGAUCAGACAACGAAGUGUGUAAUAUGGUGGACUGCGUGGUGAACUGCGAAUUGCAAGACGGAGAAUUCAGCAGGGGCUAUUCCAGCAAGAGGGCUUCCAAAUGCAGAAAAGGGGAUUGCAAAGACUGUCCUCCAUUCGUACCCACUUCGGAGAUGAACAUUUUGCUGGGGAUGGAUAAAGAUGUCAAAGGACGAACAGCUUCUCUUGAUCGGUUGCAAGCUUUGGCCACCUACACCAUUGCCAGUUCUCCCCCCUGUGAAAUGCAGAGCACCUACUUCCCCAUGAACAUUGAAACUGACUCCAUCUCAGACCAGGAAUCUCUGCCUCCCAGCUCGAGCAUGAAGGAAUCAUUCAUUCCAAGCGACGAGCCCUUUUUGAUGCAGUCCUGCAUGCAGAAACGCAACAUCUUCAAGGAAGACUUCCAUAACCUCAUCACCAUUUCGCCCAGCUUGAUGUCGCCACCAGGCAAAGUGGAUGAUGAGCUUGGGGAACCCCCAAGCCAAAAAGAAACCUCCAAACAGACAUUCUUCAACCACAGCUUUGAAAUACCUUACAGUAACCAGUAUUUGAACCCGAUUUAUUCUCCUGUUCCGGAGAAGAAGCGAGCCAAGCAUGAAAGCUUAGAUGAUCUCCAAGCUUCUACGUAUUUUGGCCCAACGACUAUUCUUGGGCCUCAAGAGACAAAACGAUGGUUGGGAAAGCCAAGCAAAUCAACUCCCUGGCCAGUCAAGAGUUGGAGUUUGAACACAGAGGAAGUCCCCGAUUUUGAAAGAUCCUUUUUUAACAGGAAACAGCCAGAAGAGAAGAUGCAAUAUCAAAGUUCCCAGAGCCAGCCAGCCAAUUUUUCGGCUUCUGAGAGGCAUCAACAAUAUCUCAGCUCUAAAGAACAACAAUCCAUGAUGCAGCCCAAUUAUGGGGUCAAAUCAAAUGGGCAUAAAUCCAAAGACAUCCCCUCCAUCUUAGAAGUCGACAAGCACGAGCCCAUCAAAAAAUUUAAAGACAAAAGUAUUAAUUGCACUGCUGUUCAGCUUCAAAGCAUUGAUAAAACCAGUAGCGUUGGGACACAGACAGAUCGGCAAGGACUGGAACACAAAAAGUUCAAGGAGAUGGCCCACCCGAACCAAAGUAAGUAUGGCGAGAGGCACUCCUUGAAGCAAUCAGAUGAUGACUCUGAAAUCGUCAGCGAUGACAUUAGCGAUAUUUUCAGAUUUCUGGAUGACUUGAGCGUCUCUGGGUCUACAGGAGUGAUCCAAUCUUCUUGUUAUAACAGCACUGGCUCACUUUCUCAGAUCCACAAAUCUGACUGUGAUAGCUCCCCCGAACACCAUUUAGCUAAAAUUUCCAACGGAAACGCUGGCAGCAACCUAGACAAAAUGUCUCGGUUGGAGAUCAGCAGCACAGACGACGAGCUGAAAACCAGCGUCUGCAAACUAGUCCUAAGGAUUGGGGAAAUUGAAAAGAAACUGGAAUCCCUCUCCGGUGUCAGGGAUGAAAUUUCUCAGGUCCUGGGGAAGCUAAACAAAUUGGACCAAAAGAUCCAGCAGCCAGAGAAUGUGAGUGUCCAGCUUGAUCUUAAUUCCUUGACCAGUGAGAUCCCAUCGGAAGACAGCACUUCCCCCAGGAUUUUCUCAUGUCACAAUUCGUCGCACGGGGGCAAACUGGAGAAUAACCCAGACUGGUGCUGCUCUGACGCCAGUGGCAGUAACAGCGAAAGCCUUCGUGUCAAAGCCUUGAAAAAAAGCUUAUUCACCAGGAGAUCCUCGCGAUCUUUAACCGAGGAAAAUAGUGCCACCGAAUCUAAGAUUGCAAGCAUUUCCAACUCCCCUAGAGACUGGCGUGCAAUCACCUAUACCAACCAAGCUGGCAUCACAGAGGAAGAGAUGAAAGACCGAAGUGGGAAUGAAAACAAAGACUGGCACCGGAAAUCCAAAGAGGCCGAUCGGCAGUACGAAAUCCCUCAGCCAUAUCGCCAUUCCAAACCACCCAAAGACGGUUUCCUGAUAGAGCAAGUCUUUAGCCCACACCCUUAUCCGGCAUCACUCAAAUCCCAUAUGAAGAACAACCCUCUUUACACAGACAUGCGCCUGACAGAACUGGCUGAAGUGAAACGAGUCCAGCCUUCGUGGACUGUUGAGGAGUACACAAGGAAUUCGGGAGAGAAAGGGAAGCUGGCUUCUUUGGACCUACAGACUCAAGAAUCUUUGAAUCCCAACAAUUUAGAAUAUUGGAUGGAGGAUAUCUACACCCCAGGAUACGAUUCAUUAAUAAAGCGUAAGGAGGCUGAAUUCCGAAGAGCGAAAGUGUGUAAAAUAUCUGCUCUAAUUGCAGCAGCGGCCUGCACAGUUAUUUUGGUCAUCGUGGUUCCAAUAUGUACUAUGAAAUCGUGAAUCCCAUAAUGGUCGAAUCAACACUUGCCUUGUACAGAACUUUUGCUUUGGAUACUCCACUGAUGUUUAACCUACCACCGUAGGGCAAAAAAAUAAAAAUAAAAACAAAAACGUUCCACUAAUUGGGAAGGAUACGUCGGACGAUCCCAACAAGCAAGCAUGCAAAGAAUUUUAGGUGUUGUUUUUUUUUAAAAAAAAUGUAUUUAUUUUAAAGAGAAAAAAAAGUACAACGUCAUUUUAAAGCAGCAACAUGCCUAGCAGACUUAAAGGCGCCUCGGUUUAAAUUUUUACAAGUGGAUUUUCCCCUCUCCCUGUAACUGGAAAUGGAUGAAGAGCAAAAAGUGGUGUGUGUUUUUUCCCUUCCUGUACUUUUAUAUUGAAUUAUAUAUAGAUGACUCUUAAUUCUUGUACAAUAUGCAUUUACCAGGCAGAGAGCGACCCUUAGCGUUUCCCCGAAAUGUAAACAAUCUGAAUGUAUUGUGCAUCCCAUUUUUUGCUACACGUUCCUUAUGGGUUAAGUUUCGAAAACAGAUUGUGUGACCUUGGAGAGAAAUUGUGUGUUCCUACCCUUGGAAUUAAUAAGGGCUGUUUGUAAUCUGAUCUCGCCCUACAAAGUUCCUUUGAGAUCAUCCCAGGGUAUGGAGGUCAAGUGCCAUCUGCUGUAGACCAAAAAAAGAGGUUGUGUUGAACAAGCCCUUUCAGAAAGGGAACAUUUGCAUAAAUGUCACAUUUCCAAAACGAA